AUGUCAGAUAUUCUUCUGGCUGAAUACACAUUGAAACGUGCUCUACGUGAACAUACCACAGAUUUAGCUCCGACAAGUAACCCACACUUAUUAUGUACACCACUACCUAAACAUUGGAGGUCUAAUAAAUCAUUACCUAGUCAGUUUCGUGUAGUCAGUUUAAUCCCAGUACCGGAUGGUACACGUGUGACUGUGACAGCGGGAAAUGAAGAACGCCCAUGUGCUGAAUUAAAAAACCCAGUUACAAUAAUGCAUGGACAUGAAGCACGAUUUAGUGAUCUACGGUUUCUUGGUCGCAGUGGUCGUGGUAAAUCUUUCAAUAUAACCAUCACCAUUGAAACCACACCACCAAUUGUAGCUCUUUAUGCCAGAGCAAUCAAAGUGACAGUGGAUGGGCCACGUGUACCAAGAAGUAAAUAUUCUACAGUAAGAACAGGCAGAAUUUAUAAGGAAAUGAAACGAUUAGGAUCAAGACAUCAAAAUCUCUGUGAAUAUUCAACUAUUAAUCGUCCUUUUCCCAGUCGUAACAACUAUCCGAUUCCAGAAGAUCUUCAAAGAAACAAAAUGAAAAGGGCAACACAUGAAAUAAACUCUCAUGGAUUUAGUGAUAAAUUUAAAAAACACAACAUUCUAUCAACUCGAUUUUCGCCACCGAUGUUGGUUCGGGAAGAAUUGGCCCCUAUUACAUCGGAAACAGUAAAUAUUACAAAUAAUGCUACUAAAUCAUUAAAACUUCCUCGAUCGACUCAAAAGACAAAUGACAAGUCAUCUUCUCCGACUGAAAGCUCAAUAAAAUCUUUCAGUUCAAUUAGCGACACGAGUGGGAUAGGAUUUUCACCAUAUGAAUCAACUUAUUUACUGUCUUCAAUUAAUGAGGCAUAUGCAAAAUUAUUGGCAAGGCAAGCAUAUUUGGAUAAAAUGACAUUUAAUGCAACAACUACUUCAAAUAAUUUAAAUUCAUUGACCAAUAUUGCAGUGAAUACUCCUGGUUUCGUGACGACUAUCCCUCAAAAUGUUGGUAGUACAGAAAGGAGUAAGAAUACGAAUCUAAUUAAUACUGGUACGCAGAUGAAGGACAAUCACAUUCCACACUCCUUGGAGACAUUUUCACCUGUCUCGUUAUUCUCAACAUUAUUGCAUUGCAAUAGUGUUGACAGUCGAAUUAGUUCGAAUAUUAUCCCCACUAAACAUCAAGAUGUCAAUUACAAUACUACCGCAUAUCCGUCUGUGUUAAACUUAGAAGCCAUCGGACCUAGUAUAAAUUCGGUGAAAACUCCUUUCCAACUACAGGAAGCGCAUGGCACUGUUACUCCUGUUCGAAUUAAUUAUUUAGAUACAUCUGGUUGUAGGAAUACUAGCAAUAACUCUCAAACAGAUAAUGCACAAAAUCAAUUAGACUGUCUUCGGAGUGUACCACAAAACAGUGCAUCAUGUGAUAGACCUUGCCAGUCAAAUGAUUCAUCCUGUUCAUUAUUAUCAUCAUUUUUAUAUUCAAAUAUGACUCCAGAGUUAAACUCAACAAAAUUUAACCCAAAUGAAAGUAAAAGUAAUGUACAACCAGGUUAUUCGAAAUGGGAAGAAUUUGAUUAUCGUCAUUAUUAUAAUGCAUUUACAACAUUUCUUUCAGGAAUUUUAAACAUGUCAGGUAUAAAUCCUAAUUGUUUGGGGACCAAAAAAGUGAAUGAAACUACUUGUGAUAAUGAUAAUUUCCGAAAUAUACAUUCUAGUUUCAACAAAAUGAAAUGGAAUCGACAUGUUCUUAAUAAUAAAAAUAACAUUACGUCAUGUUUAAACAAUGAAUCUACAGAUAUGGACUCAACACUGAACCAAACACCUGAUAAGAACGACUCAUCAAAUCAUGUGCUAAGUAUAGAACAUUUGUUAGAUUUGAAUACACACGGUACUGCAAACAGUGAUACAGAUCGUAGUAAACAUGACAAUAAACAUAUGUUAGCAGAUGAAUGUAGUCCUGAUUAUUCAAAUUUCAUGAGUACCCCCAAUAAUAAGCAUAAUUAUGUAAAUUAUUUUCCUCAAACUGUACCAGGUCCAUUGUUGAUCAAAUCAAUUUUGGCCCGUCAUUUAAUCGAAAAUAAAUCGUUCAGAGUUUGAAACUAAUUUAUUAUAUUUGUAGAAGGUUAAAAUAGUGAAUUUAGGAGGCAGCACAAGUGAUCUUCAUCUGUUUUCAUCACAAUUAUGGCACAUAGAGACUAUGUAAACAUACACAAGCGUAUACAAACUUUUACAAUAUUGUAUUACGUUAACAUUUUACCUCAUAUAUAUAAGUGAAGAUUUAUUGUAUUCCUCAAAUUCAC